GAACCCGAAUGGCGAGCCCAUCCCGCGCACCCCCAGAGGAGAAACCGUGGAUCCCAUGGGCGCGAUCAACGCCGCCAUCGCUGCUUCUCAGGAGUUCCUCACGAAGCAGAUGGACGUCAAGCUGGCCAUGGUCAAGGCGGAGGUUAUUGCCAACUUCGGCGAGCAGCUCCAGGGCCCGUUGGCGGCGGUGGUGGGCCAGCAAUCCAAGCAAAAUGACGAGGUUAGGGGGGGCAUCUCAGCGCUCCAGGACACGGCCCAAAGGCUGGAGGCUGCCAACAAGGAAAUCUGGCAACGGCUCAACGAAAUGCGCAAACAGCCCCACAUGCAGGAGGCGCAGAUCCCGAUUCGUGACUAUGAGAGCCUCCUGGAGCGGGACAGAGACGCGGACGCCAGCAUCAUUGUGGGCACCGCUGCCGAGACCUUCGCUACUGACAAGUUCAAGGAGGGCGUCCAGCCCAUCAUGGCAAAGCGCGAGCUCGAGGACACCCAAUGGUCGAUCCAAGGCAACGGUCCCGCUAGACGCUUCGUGGUCCAGUUCUCGGGGGGCGCCAACGCCGCUGCCAGGGAGGUUCGCACCGUUUACGCCAAGCUCAAGGAAGCUGAUGGCACCUGGACCAACACCGAGGCCACCAAUGUCCACGGCCACGCCUCGCGGCUCUACCUGGGUCUGGGCCGCUCGGCGAAGUCGGCAAGGCGAGGACUCCAGACCAAGAGGCUGGCUCAGUUCGGUCGCGAGCUCGCUACUGACAAGCGCUGGAAGUACACGGCUCGCACGCUGAACUUCUUCAUGCUGUUCACUUGGCCCACAUCGAGGGUGCAACGAUUACUCAUCCAGACUAGCUCGGCCCCUGACGACGCCCUUCCGAAUGUGGUCGCCAUCUACAUCGCCCACAACUUCAGGCUCACUGAGCAACAGGUCACGAGGGUCACUCGCUUCCUCCGCGCUGAAGUCCUAACGGCUGAAGCGCAGCCCGAGCGGAUCACGGUCAUCGCCAUGGGCGACUUCAGCUUCGCGGACGAGUCGCCGAUGGAGAUGCAGACGCCAUUGAUCAACGAGGGGUUCCCGCGUCUCCGUCGGCACAAUCCUGAGCAUCAGCUGGCGCGGGAACCAGCGCUACAGGAGAUGGUGGAGAUCUACGCCGAGGUUCCCGCCCACUACGCCGAGCAGUCGCAGCAGUGCACGCGCACCGACAAGAUCUACAUCAGCACGCCGCAGUGGAUGCUACUGCAGUGGCGCGCUCGAGCUGACGCCCCGCUCGCGCCUGAGGAGCUCUACGACCGCGACAUAUCGGAUCAUGCGCCUGUCCACCUCCGCUCUGCUGGGAGCAAUCCUGAGCUCGAUGACCAGAUCCAGCCGAUUCCGAAGUACAUAUUUGAGAGCCCGGUAUUCGAACACUACCUUGGCAUCCUGGCGGAGGCCCCCCCCCCAUGGCGCGACUUUGCCCCCUUCGCGCAGCUGAGCGAGAUUCAGCGCCGGCAACGCGAAGCUGCUCGCCUCGUACGCAACGGCCUCACAAACUCAAGAGCCCUCUGUACUGCGGCGGCGCUCACUACAUGCCGAUCGAUCUCUAGGGCUGUCUGGAGGAAUGACCAGAAGGCGGCGCGCGCGCUUCGUGCUCGCACGGCGCUGGGGGCAGAACACCUGGACAUCGCGGACACGAACGCCAUCUCCCUGAAGGACCUGGUCGCCUUCCGCAGAAAGUUCGAGGAGUUCCAGCUCCAGUCUCAGGCGCAGCGCUUGGAGGCGAUCCGCGCACGAGGGCAGUCGGCCAACGCCCCUGCUCGGGAACGACUGCGCCUUCGCAAGAUGCAGCGGGCGAUCGCGCAGCGCGGCAAGCUGUGGGCCCCCACUGGCAAGGUGUCGAAAUUCAAGGCAAUCGAGGCCUUGCGCGAUCACUCCAGGACGACGAACCCCGACGAGAUGAUAGCGGAGCUUCAGAAGCAGUGGGCGCCCGUCUUCCAGUCAAGAUUGAGCCGCACAAAGCAUGCCAUGCGAUGCCUGGCGAAGCACGUUGCCCCGUUCGACUGCUCGGACAUGGACAUCCCCACGAUCGGCAAGAUGCGCCGACCCAUAGCCAACCUGAACAUAUCU